AUGGGCUUUGAGGAGCUGCUGCAUCAGGUCGGUGGCUUUGGGCCCUUCCAGUUGUGGAAUGUGGCCCUGCUGGCUUUGCCCCGGCUGCUGCAGCCCCUGCACUUCCUCCUGCCUAUCUUCCUGGCUGCUGUGCCUGCCCAUCGCUGUGCCCUGCCUGGAGCCCCUGACAACUUCAGCCACCAGGAUGAAUGGCUAGAGGCCUACCUGCCCAGGGAAUCCAAUGGCACACUCAGCUCCUGCCUCCGCUUCACCCACCCCCACCCACUCUUCAACACCACAUUGGUGGGAGGACGACAUAGCCCUGAGGAGCUUGAGGGGGUGCCCCCCACAAUGGCCUGUCCCCAGGGCUGGGAGUAUGACCACUCACAGUUCUCCUCCACCAUUGUAACCGAGGUACCAGAGGUUGUGGGGCAUUGGGACCUGGUAUGUGAGCAGAAAGGCCUGAACCAAGUCACGUCCACAUUCUUCUUUGCUGGUGUGCUAGUGGGGGCCGUGGCCUUCGGAUACCUGUCCGACAGGUUUGGACGCCGCCGCCUGCUACUGGUGGCCUAUGUGAGUACCCUGGUGCUGGGCCUGGCAUCUGCAGCCUCCAUCAGCUAUACCAUGUUUGCCAUCACCCGCACCCUCACUGGCACAGCUCUGGCUGGCUUUACCAUCAUUGUGAUGCCACUGGAGCUGGAGUGGCUGGACGUGGGGCACCGCACUGUGGCAGGCGUCCUGAGCAGCACCUUCUGGACAGGGGGCGUGAUGCUGCUGGCACUAAUUGGGUACCUGAUCAGAGACUGGCGAUGGCUUCUGCUGGCUGUCACCCUUCCUUGCGCCCCAGGCAUUGUUAGCCUCUGGUGGGUGCCUGAGUCUGCCCGCUGGCUUCUGACCCAGGGUCGUGUGGAGGAGGCUCACAGGUACCUGCUCCGCUGUGCCAGGCUUAAUGGGCGGCCCAUGGGUGAGGACGGCCUGAGCCUGGAGGCCCUGAGCAAGGUAGCAGCCAAGGAGCGGGUGGUCCAGAAACCCUCCUACUUAGACCUGUUCCGCACGCCUCGGUUUGGAGUGAACUUCUCCUAUUACGGCCUGAGCCUUGACGUGUCGGGGCUCGGACUCAACGUGUACCAGACACAACUGCUGUUUGCGGCCGUGGAGCUGCCCGCCAAACUGCUAGUCUACCUGUCGGUACGCCAUGCCGGACGCCGUCUCACGCAGGCGGGAACGCUGCUGGGAUCGGCCCUUGCUUUGGUUCCACCCCUGGGCCCCGCCCACCCGCCGGAGCCCCGCCUCCUAGCCCGAAACCUCCCGCCCUUCCGCGGGGAGCUGGGACUCUCAGUCCUUUAA